GGCCGGAGUUGAAGGAUUCAACUUUCCGGCUCAGUCGCGGCGGCUGCCUGGUCCCCAGCAGUGCAGCCCCGGCGCGGACCAGGGAGCCUCGGCCAGCGCCCGGCGCCCUCGCCCUCGACCCGCAGCCAUGGUGCCCGGGGUGCCCGGCGCGGUCCUGACCCUCUGCCUCUGGCUGGCGGCCUCCAGCGGCUGCCUGGCGGCCGGCCCCGGCGCGGCUGCUGCGCGGCGGCUGGACGAGUCGCUGUCUACCGGGAGCGUCCAGCGCGCCCGCUGCGCCUCCAGGUGCCUGAGCCUGCAGAUCACUCGCAUCUCCGCCUUCUUCCAGCACUUCCAGAACAAUGGUUCCCUGGUUUGGUGCCAGAAUCACAAGCAAUGUUCUAAGUGCCUGGAGCCCUGCAAGGAAUCAGGGGACCUGAGGAAACACCAGUGCCAAAGCUUUUGUGAGCCUCUCUUCCCCAAGAAGAGCUACGAAUGCCUGACCAGCUGUGAGUUCCUCAAAUACAUCCUGUUGGUGAAGCAGGGGGACUGUCCGGCUCCUGAGAAAGCCAGUGGAUUUGCGGCCGCCUGUGUUGAAAGCUGCGAAGUUGACAAUGAGUGCUCUGGGGUGAAGAAAUGUUGUUCGAAUGGGUGUGGACAUACCUGUCAAGUACCCAAGACUCUGUACAAAGGUGUCCCCCUGAAGCCCAGAAAAGAGUUACGAUUUACAGAACUGCAGUCUGGACAGCUGGAGGUUAAAUGGUCCUCGAAAUUCAAUAUUUCUAUUGAGCCUGUGAUCUAUGUGGUACAAAGAAGAUGGAAUUAUGGAAUCCAUCCUAGCGAAGAUGAUGCCACUGACUGGCAGACAGUGGCCCAGACCACAGAUGAGCGAGUUCAACUGACUGACAUAAGACCCAGCCGAUGGUACCAGUUUCGAGUGGCUGCUGUGAAUGUGCAUGGAACUCGAGGCUUCACUGCCCCCAGCAAACACUUCCGUUCUUCCAAAGAUCCAUCUGCCCCACCAGCGCCCGCUAACCUCCGGCUGGCCAACUCCACCAUCAACAGUGAUGGGAGUGUGACCGUCACUAUAGUUUGGGAUCUCCCCGAGGAGCCAGACAUCCCUGUGCAUCACUACAAGGUCUUUUGGAGCUGGACGGUCAGCAGUAAGUCUCUUGUCCCAACAAAGAAGAAGCGGAGAAAGACUACGGAUGGGUUUCAAAAUUCUGUGAUCCUGGAGAAACUCCAGCCAGACUGUGACUAUGUUGUGGAAUUGCAAGCCAUAACAUACUGGGGACAGAUACGGCUGAAGAGUGCAAAGGUGUCCCUUCACUUCACAUCCACACAUGCAGCCAGCAACAAAGAACAGCUUGUGAAAACUAGAAAAGGUGGAAUUCAAACACAACUCCCUUUUCAAAGACGACGACCCACUCACCCGCUGGAAGUCGGAGCUCCCUUCUAUCAGGAUGGCCAACUGCAAGUUAAAGUCUACUGGAAGAAGACAGAAGAUCCUACUGUCAACCGAUAUCAUGUGCGGUGGUUUCCUGAAGCGUGUGCCCACAACAGAACAACCGGAUCAGAGGCAUCAUCUGGCAUGACCCACGAAAAUUAUAUAAUUCUUCAAGAUCUGUCAUUUUCCUGCAAGUAUAAGGUGACUGUCCAACCAAUACGGCCAAAAAGUCACUCCAAGGCAGAAGCUGUUUUCUUCACUACUCCACCAUGCUCUGCUCUUAAGGGGAAGAGCCACAAGCCUGUUGGCUGCUCUGGCGAAGCAGGUCAUGUUCUUUCUAAGGUGCUAGCUAAGCCUGAGAACCUUUCUGCUUCAUUCAUCGUCCAGGAUGUGAACAUCACCGGUCACUUUUCUUGGAAGAUGGCCAAGGCCAAUCUCUAUCAGCCCAUGACUGGGUUUCAAGUGACUUGGGCUGAGGUCACUACGGAAAGCAGACAGAACAGCCUACCCAACAGCAUUAUUUCACAGUCCCAGAUCCUGCCUUCCGAUCACUAUGUCCUAACAGUGCCCAAUCUGAGACCAUCUACUCUUUACCGACUGGAAGUGCAAGUGCUGACCCCAGGAGGGGAGGGGCCGGCCACCAUCAAGACGUUCCGGACGCCGGAGCUCCCACCCUCUUCAGCGCACAGAUCUCAUCUUAAGCAUCGUCAUCCACAUCAUUACAAGCCUUCUCCAGAAAGAUACUAAACUGUUCAAAAAGAUUUUUUGAAAUUGCACAGAUGUGUCAACUUGUUGAACUUCGGCCACGAGACAUGCACACUUCCAGAGGCAGUGGGAACUGCUCAGAGGCCUGGACUCUCGUAUGUGACUUUAGUGCAGGAAGAACUUCUGUCAAUCACGGAUGCAUCUGGAGACAAGUGAGAAACAGUAGAUUGGUGAAGACAGACACCAGUUCCCUACAAGCAUGGAGAAAAUGAAGAAUAGGCCUGUUUAACGCUAAAUUUUGUUUUCUUGUAUGGUGUCGCUCAUUUCUAUUGAAUUACAACAGAACUCAGUUUUCCCUGAAUUUGGAGCACCAAACUCCACCCCAAAAAGGAGAGUAACAAAUACACAAUUCACACUUAACACUAAGCAUAAAUCUAAUCAAUAAAAUAUAUUUUUGACUAAAUUAUUGAUUCGAUAUGAAAAAUCAACUAAGAUUAUACAGCUUUGUUUAUUCGAAUCUUUCCUAAGAUCAUUUUUAUCCUAGGUGAUUUUUAAAUGAAAAUGUGUAAUCUAAAAUAUACCAGCGAAUUUAAAUCUAAAAAUGCUCCUACUUUAAGUACCUUAUGCUGCUCUUUAUGCAAAGGUAAAUCAAAGUUCCCUCUAUAAAUUAUGAUUUACAAAAGACACCCAAGCCAGAGGAACUCAAUGAAAUAAGCUGCUAAUCGGAUUUUACCUUGGAGAAAUGAAAACUAUUUCUUGGGGAUGCCUUUUAAUAUUUGAUCCUAUUAUGUGAGAGAUUUUCCUGAUAUGUUAUCUUAUUUAUAUUUUCUCUUAUUUUCCUCAAUGCAGAUAAUAGCUUUUGGUGCACUUUUGUUUCACCAACUGAAAAUUCACAAAACUUCUUGCUUCAAAUGAAAAAAUCUCAACUAUUGAGCAUGUUUAAAUUUUUGCAGAGAUUUGCCUUUUCUUAAUCAAAGAAAGGUCUUCGUAUGCUAGAAUAUUAUUGGUAAUGUUUUAAAAAGACCUUUGAUCGAUAGAGAAGGACAGUUAUUUGCAUUUAAUUAACCCAUAUGUUUUCAAAUCUAGUAUAUCUUACUUUUUGGAAAAUUUUUAUGCUACAAAUUAGUGCCUUGUAGCAUGAACUUAAGUCAAAACGUGUUAUCAAUAUAGAGUGUUGCAGUGUAUAUUGUAACAACCUAAAACGAAGAGAUGUUUAAUUUAAUACUGUUUUUUCUUGAAGGAAUACUCACAUACAUGGUUUGAAAUGUGCAUAGAUAUGCAUGUCUAGGUAAUUAUAAAUGCAUGUGUGUAUAUAUGCAAAUAUAUGCACAUAUACAUAUAUAGACACAGAGACACAUGCAUAUACAUGAAUAUACCUUGAGCAUGAAUCCCUGGAGAAAUCGUUUUCAUAGCUCACCAAUGGUGAGUAAAGAUACAGCUCUUUUAAAGGUCAUAAGGAUAAUAUAUUUUCCCCAUCAAUGCUGAUUCUGAGAACAGAGCAAUUUAUCAAAAUAAAACACUGUAAAAGAAAGGUGUCCGCAUGUCUUUACCUACCUAAGUAAAACAGGAAGAAAAUCAGUAACAUUAUCCUUAAGUUUUGACAAUGGUACUUGCUUCUUGUUGUUUUACUGUUUCCUGAAUUCAUGCAGAUGCCUGGCCAUUCCUGGGAAGAGUGGAUAACUCAGAAGUCACCGUACUCCACGGGGCCUCACUGCAGUGUCUAAAGGCAGAUGCAAAUUAAAACGCAGAGAAAAUAAUUUUUCUGAUGUUGAUGCAUGUCUUUAGGAAACACAUUUAUAAACAUGAAUACCUGAUAAUAGAUAUUGCAGCCCAUUUCCUGUGUGUUAAAAUAUUUAAAAAGUGGAUAUUCCAGGAAUGUUUUACAGCUUUGUACAAGUAACAUAAAUUGGACACCUCAGAAUGAAAGUUCAUGUUGGUUCUGAAUGGUUCGCUGCAGCUCCUGUCACAGGCUGGGAUGGAUUUAUCACACUGAGUUAUGAAAUUACCUGGUUCUAAGAAUUUUUGAGUGGCAAAAAUAGAAAACAGUCUUCAUCUGAAAACAUCCCUAAGCUUGAAUAAAUGGAUACCAUAGAUAGCUUCUCUUUUUUAUUCUGGUGUCAUUACCAGCGUCUGAAUUUCAAGUUAUUAAAAUUUCAAAAAUUAAAAUUUUUUAUUAUUAGCUAUCCAUUUAUCUUUUACACGAACUUGUCAUGAACAAAUCCAAAUGUUUAUGCCAGCAAAUUUUUGUACUGUUGCAUAGUUAAAAAUGCUGGGAGUCUAUACAUAGAUACAAAAUAUUAUUAAAUUAUUACAUAAAUUUAAUUUUAUAAAAUUUAAUUAUGCUUUUGUCUGGGUAAUAGACAUUGGACAGAUAUUUUUAGUUCAGAUGGUGAUUCUGAAGCUUACAUCUCCCUUAAAAAAAUCUAAAGCUGCUCUUAUGAGCUUCUAAUUUUGGUAUAAAUGAAGAAUUUAAAUUUUAUUGGUGUUAUUGGAAGAAAAAUGCUAUUAAUGGGCUAAUAAAAAACGUGUUUCUCUUAUGGAUUUUAAUAAGCUCCAGUCUUAUUCAAAUGAUCAAAAAUAUAGCUACAAUUUUUUGAAUUUUAGAAAUGUGAUUGCUCUAAUAAAGGAUAAAAUCUAUGCUUUUUAACAAACAUAGUUUUGGUGCCUAAUUCUGUAAUAUGUUUUAUUGAAGUUAGAUUCAUUUCUCUAAUGUGAGAAAAAUAUAUCCAGUAAUAGUAUUGACUGUUUAAAAAAUUGAGCUCAUCAAAAAUAUUGUCAUCAAAUACAGCUGGUUAAUUUGACAUACAUUGCAGUUACAUGCAUUAUUUUUAUUUACAACAUUUGCUCGUUAAUGAUGAAUUUAUCCGUGUUACCCUGUUUUUCUACCUGGAACUCCAUAGAAGGAUAUUUGCAAACCAACAUGUGCUCUUUUCAGUCAUUCAUUGUUUUAAUAUGACAUGGUAGAGAAGAUAAGGUUUAUGGCAGGUAAUUUUUUGUAAUGUGUAUUAAACGAAGUUCAAAGAUUAGAUAAAUACAUCUGUGUCCUGAAAACCUUAGAUACAUAGCCAACUGUAUACAGAGGUUCAUCUCAACAUCAACACUAUUGACUUUUGGGGCUGAAUAGUUCUCUGUUGUGGGGGUUUGUCUUGUGCACUGUAGGUUUUUAGUGGCAUCCACACUUUCUCCUCACCAGAUGCCAGUUGCACCCUCCCCCAAGUUGAGACAACCAAAAAUGUCUCCAGAUAUUGCCAGCUACCCCUUGAGGGACAGUACCUCUGGUUGAGAACCAUUGCUAGAGAAUGAUCUUUACUGAAUUUGCCCUUUAUAAGAAACCCAGUAAAUUUCUAGAGCAAGUCCCAAAAACUAAGGGACAGCUAAGAAGUUAUUAUGGUUGACUUCAAAGGCCUAAACUGUGUCUUUUAUGUCCAGUAAACAACUGAUUAAAAGGUGGAAUUUUGACUCAUAUCUGUAUCAUACAAGUACAAAUACUAAUUUUGCCCUAUGUAUCCGUAAAUGUCAUUUGUGAUAUUGACUUAUUUAUUUAAUGCCCUUUCUUAUGCUGUGGGUUUUCAAGUUUACUCAUUUCUAUGGUUGCAAAUAACUCUAAAACUUAUAUAAACUUUCAUAUUAUAGGCAGAACACAAUGGUUAAAUAUCUGUUGCAUGUACUUUAAAGUUUAUUAUAAGAUAUAAACAGAUAUAUAAAGAUGUUGACUCUUACCUGUGAUUUUGCAUGGCCAGACUCGGUGUCAGGUACGGAGAGGAUUCUCAUGACUGUCUUACCUCUACUGAAUAUUUUAGCAAGUUAUAUGAUUUACGGAGUGAUUAACAGAGGUCUAUAUAAAGUUACUUUUCCCCUUUACUUAAUUAUAUUGUAGUGUGCAGAUAACAAAACUGCUACCUUCUCAUCCAAGUGGUCUGUAGAAUUCAUGUCCCUUACAGUGGUCAUUUAAAGUCAAUAUUUAUUUAUGUAUGUAAUAAAAAAAAGUUGGAUUUUGGUGUAUGUCUGUCAUGUUAUUUAGAGAGAAGUAAUCUUGUAAAAAUGUUUUGUAAAAAACAAAAAAGUAUUGUAAAUAGUCUUGAUAUUCUGUGACUCAUUAUUUUCAUGUUAGAGUUUGUACAUACUGGUUCAAUAAUAAAGUAUCCUUAAACCAGA